UCAAUCAAUCAGUCAAGUGAAUCGGCUGUUGUCAUCGGUCGUGUAUGUUUUGUGAUCCGUGUGGUCGUUAAAUUUUACUAUUAUUGUUUACCAAACUAAAUAAUACAAAUAAAAUUAAAAAAAAAAUUGGAUCCAUUUCCCCGUACGUCAUCUUGCAGUAUGCAAUAGAAAUCAAUCAAUCGACGCGAGUGUCAAGCCAUCGCGGGUGAUCUUUGAAUAGUGAGUGCGUGUUUCAGUUGACCGUGGUGUUUUUUGUUUAUAUUUCUUAUAAAUGGCAUCGUGGUGAUAGUGCACAUCGCCAGACCGCCACCUCAUCUCAGUGACGUUUGGUGGGCGUCCAUGGAUUUGUAGCAGCCGCUUGAGCUUGGUGCUGAUCCAGGAUGAUGGUGGAAACCAUCCUCGAGUCCUCACAGGACUUUGGCAUGUCGAACGGAUCACUGCCACAAUGGAAGCGGGAGCUGUUGCAGCGACGCGCAGCGAGAUCUCGUGUCACCGCACCACCAGUGGCUCCUCCACCGCCGCCGCCGCCGCCCCCACCGCCGCCAGACGAUGAUGAGGACGAGGAGUUGCGCUACGGGCCCGGCAUAGUGAAGCGGCUCAAGUCACGCUACCUCAGCCUGGCAUUGCGUGACGCCCCGCGCCGACGGCCAUCUGUCCUGCGACGCGCAGCCUCCCUGGAACACUUGUUGGAUGAGCGUCCACCACCCACUCCCACGCCGCGGCCCACGCCCAGCUCGCGACCGCCCCGACCGGCGUCGGUGGCCGCACCACCCGUGCCGCGAACGUUUGCCACACGCCGAGACUCCGUGAAACGCGCACGGUCAGUCGACGCCCUCAGCCGGCUCGAGCGCGAUGAGCCUCCUCCACCGUCGCCGUCACCCCCGCCUCCGCUCGCCCCGCGACCUGUACAACCUCGUGCCGCCAGACCACCACGUCGUCCAACGCCUCUACUGCGCGAAACGGAGCGACCGCCACCAGAUCUCGUGCGGUCAACCCUUCGCAAGUUCGAAAGCGCACCGCCGCGGCGCACGCAGCCCGCGGCGCGAGUGUCAGCGGUCCUGCGCGGGCUGGAGCCUCCUCCGCGCACCUCCACACCAGAACCUACGCCGAUAGAAUCACCAGUGCGGUCACCUAGUCCACCGCCACUGGAAUUGUCGGUAACUGAGGAGCCGGAAAAUGGCGUGCCCAUGGUCGGAGCCCGAUUAGUGUCACGAGCGGCGCUAGAGGGCAUAGCUAAAGCCGGUUCUACCACCAGAUACUCGUUUGAGGCGCCUAAAGGAGGGUCACAUCUGCCGCCACUGGCCGCGACAAACACAGUGUUAGUAGGUCGCGCGCGUCGCGUUGGAGUUAUCAGACCAAUGCCGGCUCCGUCGCUUCGUUCUGAAAAUGCAAUCUCACCGGUACCAGUAGAGGAGCCAGCACCUAAAAUAGAGGAAGCCACAAGGCGAGUUCCUUCCCCGUUGCCCGCCGAGAGCGAGCCGCCGGCAGCCGCUCGCGUGGAGAGAAGAGAACCACCGCCAUCAGCAGUAGUGGAGCCAAUACCGCGCGUGGUAUCAGAAUCAGUGCGCUCAGAGUCGCCGCGACCAGUAUGCGCCAGUCCGGAGCUCAGAGCUGCGGAGCUUCCCACGCCGCUGAUAAACGGACACGCUCCUGAGCCAAAAGUGAACUGCAUCGCGUCGCGUAUCGGUGCGGCGGGCAUUGAGCGGCCGUGGAGUGGUUCCGGCGAGAAGAAGCCGACGGAGACCAAAGAGGCGGUGGCGCGUCCGUGGGGCGCGACGCGACGGACCCGCGCGCCCCCGCCCGCCGCCACCUCCGUUGUGUUCAACUUCUCUGACCGCAAGGAGGUGCCCGACUACAUCGAGAACGACGGCCUCAUACUGCGCAACAAGAAGAACAGGAUCAAGCCCGGCGAGCCCGGCGUGGUGGUGCUGCGGCCGGAGGCGCUGGCGCGCGACUCUGGCUCGGAGGACGAGGCGGACUGCGGCCCGCCGUCGCCGUGCGGCGUGCGCUUCGUCAAUGACAACGUGCUUAUCAACGGACGCUCCUCCAUGCCCACCCGCCCCAACAGGGACCGCAUCGCUAAGCUAAAGCUCCAAUUCGACGACUCGCUGACGCGCACGUUCGAGUACCCGUCGGAGACGUCCCUGUGCGAGGAAUCGCCCGCGGCGGCCGCGCCCGCCACACCCGCCGCCGCACCGGCAGCGCUCGCGCCCGCACCCACGCCCGCGCCCGCGCCUGCGCCCGCUGACACGCCGCUCAUGGCGCCGCUCGCCGCUAACACACAUAUAGCAUCGGCGGCGCUGAGUCGGUACACGCCCAGCAAGACGGUCGCCGCCGCCUUCCAGCUCGGCGUCACGCGCGCCGACGCGAGGCCCGACGCGAGGCCCGACGCGAGCGCCGCACAAACUACCGAAGGAACUGAUAAGAGCGCGAGUGAGGCGGGCUCGGCGGAGGCGGCGGAGCCUGCGGAGGCGGGCUCGGCGGAGGCGGGGGACGCGGCGGAGGCGGGGGACGCGCGGCCGUGCGCGGCGCACGCGGCGCGCUCCUGGUCGCAGGCGCGCACGCACCACACCGACCUGCUGUUCUAGUGACAACACCAUGCGUAUGAAUGCAGCGCCACAACAGGAGUAUUAAACGAAGCCAACAAGUUAUUUAUGUUUUGCAUUAAAACGUGCUUCCAUAUGCGUGCAGUCAACAUGUGACCUCGAACGGGUGCAGUCGACCAAGAACGAGUACAGCCGACCACGGACAACAGUCGACUCAACUCACAAUUUGUCAUUUAAGCUUUGUGAUAAAAUUUAAAGCAUUAAGAAAAUGCGUUAACAAAAUUAUUGUAAACCAAAUAAAGCAGGAUGCGUAUAACAUGUAUAGAUAUGUGGCAAAAAUGUUGAGCACAGGCUGGAAGUCGGUAAAAGAAAAAUGUAUUGGUUUUCUUAGAUAAUCGAACUGAAAGACUCCGAAGAGUUGUAGCUCUCUUAACUGAUUGUUGACGAUCGUACGUUGUUAAUUUUUUUUUGUUUGAUGCGCACGCGCACUUGUCACGCCCAGCAUCCCGGCAGGAGCGGUGUGAGGCAAGUUGCAGCAAAGUCGUUGGAUGCAGUGCUGCCAAAUAAAAUGGGCUAAUUUAUAUAACCCAAACUGACACCAUGCUUAUUAAUACCUCUACUUUUAUCGUGCUCAAGAUCCGUGCCUACACAAAAUAACGCAUCGGUGCGUAACCAUGAAACAUACUGUUACGACUAACGUUGACUAUAAUGAAUUAAGUAACGGUUAAUUCUCGCGUGUAGCCAAAUACCAAGUGCCGCCAUGUCAAUAUAAGUUUACAUAGAGAUUAAUUAUUUUCAUGUUAUGUCAAAUUAAUACGAAUUGACCAUUUUAUUUUGGAUGUAUAUACUCGAAACUGUUUGGUGGAAAUAAAACUCUACAAAUUUUGCUCAAGUGGUCUGUGCAGUGUGCAGUACAUAGAUUAAGAAAUACCAAGUCAUAUCUGUAAGUACUUAACGGCUAUUCAACAUGAAACGAACGCUGACUGAUUAGCUGAUAACGACAUCAAUUAACAUUUUGAUAACUUUUAAAAAAUGCAAUGUGAAAAUAAAAUUGUUGUUCGUCUAUGACUGACCAUAGACAAACGGACAUGUCCUAUUGUCUCUGACGCAACAGAGUCAUGUGAUGUAUACUCAUUCCAAAUCAUUCCUAAAUUUUGUACGGCAUUUACCGACAAUUUUUUUACGAUUUUUUACAAGUCUUUACAAAAUUAUAACGUAAAAUGACCGUUUAUAAAGUGCUAGAAUUAGAUUUUGUAUUUUAUAAAGAGACGCUGGUGGUAACUUACGUUUUAUAUAGUGUUAUGUUAUUUGUAAGUAUUACGGCCGCGUGUUUGCUUCUUUAACGACACUGUCAUGCAUAUCACACGACGAGUUAUAGUGGAACUCAUAAGUAUUAGCCUGAGAUUUUAAUUAAAUAGUUCUCGUUAAACUGGCAACACCGGUGAAGCCGUGCCUACGCUAAAUAGUCACAGCGAUGGUACAGCACGUACACUAAUGUUAGAUCCGUCGCACCCGACCAGAGGCACUGACUCGCUGUCCCCAGUCCACGGAGCUUCAAUAUUUUCACAAGGAUUGAACUAGCUGAUUGAAUUUAAACAUGUUUAUCCGAAUGCGCCAAAGUGUUGUAACAUCAACUCAUUUUGGCGUCAUUACAGGCUAAUGAAACUAGAAACGGUCUUCCUAAAUGAUAAUCGUUCCCUACAAAUCUCUUCGUUAAUAUGUACGCGCAUCAAACAUAUUGAUGUUCGCGCGAACAUUUCAAUUACUGCACGAGUGUCGCGAGCGCUGUGUUUGGACGGCCGCGACUGUCGCGCCUUCGGUUGCGGCGGAGUAUAUCGCGUUUGUACGAGACGGUGUCUAAUUAAGCAAGUGCCUAUCAUGUAGUAGCGAGGCUCAAGCAUUUAUUAUCGACUUAUAGUAGCGUAGCUUAUUAGUGUAGCUUGUGUACGUAUCGCUCGGGCACGCUGUAAGAGUGUCAUAUCGUUUGUGUUAUGUUUAUUGUACGCGUCCGACACGUACAUACUGACAUGCGGCGGGUUAAUAUGUUUCUAUUAACUAUUCAUUAUUAGUCCAUCAUAAUGUUUUCUAUAUAUUAUUGUUCAAAUGGUAAAGUUAAAUACCUGAGUAACUUUUUAAAACUGUGUAGACAAAGAACGAUUAAAACGUAGCCUUAGUCAUAAAGUUGCGUUGGGAUGCUCGAGAGGUCAGGAGCUAGUGACUUCACAGCCAACACGUCGCCGAGCUAUGCAAAAGCCAUCUAUAAUUAUUAAAGUAUCAUAAAUCAAGCCAGUAGAUUUAAUUAUUCAAUUGCUUGUGGCUUGACUGACCCGCGGCGCCCUCUCUCAUUGAGCCAAUAGCGCGCGCGCCCGCCGCCGCGCACGCGCAGUACGUACGCGUCGGCGCCGGCCGCCCGGCCGACACUUGCCAAUGCCUAGUUAUAUUGAUCUACGCAAAUAACAUUUAGUUGGUACAGGGGUGGUGACUCACGGCAUGCAAUCUGUUACAGUCGUGUUGCGUUAUAAAGCUGCGUACCCAAUGAGACCCAAUGAACCGAAGUAAGACGAGCCGAGUCCCGUUUAAAAGGUGAUUUCUAGAAAAAUGGAUGAAAUAAUUCCACAAACCAACGCUACUCCCUUUAAACGAACAUUGGAAACGCAGCUCUAGCUAGACCUACUAGAUUCUACGAAAAGCGACUAAAAAGUUGCCGCGAGCUUCCACCCUCAUAGAUUAUAUUAAUUUACAAUAUGCACUGCAGUAGGUAAUUUUAUUAUAAAGUAAACUGAGGUACGAGUCAAUGACCUCAACAUACUAUUAGUAACAUAAAAUUAUAUGAAACCAAUUUAACCAAAACCUUAUAUUAUAGUUCAAACUACGUGUACCGAUGUAUUUAGAAAAAAAACUGCCUAAAAUAUUGUAUGACAAUAAUUUUAGAUUCGCUAGUAUUGUGAUCUCGUUGAUUCGCUCUCAGUUGAAACGGAAUGACAUUUAUUUGUAAAGCGGGCGAGCGCUGGUUAAUUUAGUAGUUUGUAAAUUUGUGAUGUCCUCGUGUAGUAUCGGUACAAAUGGCAAGCAGGCUGUUCUGUUUGUAUUCAUAAUUUUAAGCGUGGGACAGGAGGCGGCACGCGGCGCGAGUCCGGCACGGGUCCGGCACGGCUCCGGCACGCGUCGGCGCACUCUGUGGCAGGCUCGCGCAUGCGCGCCGCUCCCCGGCCUCACUGUAACCGCAACGGAGCUUAGUCAUUGCGCUGCGUGCUACUUUAUUAUCCAUAUUAGCUGUAUUGAUGCUGUAACGGCAAUAAAAAUAUAAUACAAUUA